GCGGAUAUAGUGAAUGCGGGGUCCGGGGAGAGCGGAUAUAGUGAAUGCGGGGUCCGGGGAGAGCGGAUAUAGUGAAUGCAGGGUCCGGGGAGAGCGGAUAUAGUGAAUGCGGGGUCCGGGGAGAGCGGAUAUAGUGAAUGCGGGGUCCGGGGAGAGCGGAUAUAGUGAAUGCAGGGGUCCGGGGAGACCAGAUAUAGUGAAUGCGGGGUCUGGGGAGAGCGGAUAUAGUGAAUGCAGGGUCCGGGGAGAGCAGAAAUAGUGAAUGCAGGGUCCGGGGAGAGCGGAUAUAGUGAAUGCAGGGUCCGGGGAGAGCGGAUAUAGUGAAUGCAGGGUCCGGGGAGA